AUGUUUGAUGAAAGGAAAAUUCUAGAGGAGUCGGCAAGUUCGACAAGUCGGCAGUUCUCAGAUUCUCUUGUAAAAUCUGAUUCUCAGUUUGUUGGAUGUGAAGACAAUUUGGUGGUCUAUGCAAGUGAAUCGGAGAAGUCACGAGAAAGCGUUUCUCAUCGAAUUCGAGAGCAAUCUUUUGAGGAGAGUCGGCUUUUCGUGAAUCUCGCUUAUUUGGAGUCACCGAGAGACUCGUUUGAGGAAGAUCGAACUGUUUGCAAAGAGAUUUUAACGCCGAGAGUUAACUCUAAUCUUUCAGCUUCUGUCGAAAAGUUGACGCAAAGUGAAAAUAACAUGAUAAAACCUCAAUCACAACAGGAAACUUCAGCCGUUCAGACACCGAAAGAAUUGCUAAAAGCUUGCUUGACGACUUCACAAAGUGAAACUGAUACUGUCAAUGUUGAGGUGAAUGAGAAAAUGGAAGCUAGAGUUGACUCCAUUGAGAGAUUAGCGAUGGAGAAGUUAAAGAACAAAGAAAUGUUGUCUACAACUACCGAUGCUAGCAUUGAACACAAAGCUCAAGAAGUCGGGACUCAAAAAGAUGUUGAUGAAGGACUGAAAGAGAGCUCGACACUUGCCACUUUGGCUUCAACGACUGAACAGGCUCAUGUUGAUCGUCAUUUGGAUCAUUGCGAAGCUAAAGCUUUCACCAAAUUAAGUCCACAAAUGGAAAUUGUCAAGGAUGAAUUAUCGUUGAAAGAAUUCGGUGAUGAACAGACGACUUUGUUCUGUUUAUCGACAAAUGUUGAAGAUGAAGCUAGACUCGUUCUGCCAAUCAAUCAACUUCAAAACCCAUCACUUUUACAAGUCCUAGCCCCAUCGAAUCAGAAAUUAGAGUCUGAUUUUGAACUAGAAUUUGAGUCAAAUCAACAAACACAGAUACAGCUCAAAGAAAUACAAAAAGAGAAAUCAAGUGAAAGAUUCUCUGACGAUAAAUUAGAAGCUGAUUUGAGUUUGUUGAAAGAUGGUGAAGAAGAAGAAGAAGUGAUCUCUACUCAAGCAACGAUUCCAAAUGAGAUUUUAUCUCAAAAAUUCAUUGAGGAAUAUAAUAUUCUUGAAAAACAAAACGUUUAUGGAUCGGUAUUGGAAAGACGAAAAGAGGAAGAUUUAGAGGAAAGCAAAUUUUUUGCACAAGUCAGAAAGGAGUCGAACAAUUUGAGCGUGAAAAUGGUUGAAGAGGGUUUGAAAGCUGUUGGGAGUGUUCAGAUGGAGAUACCAUUUGAGGAAAAGGGUUUAGAGUAUAAAAUGACAUUCGUUGAACAAGAGGAGAUUCAAUUAAAAGCUCCAGUGCCAAGUGAUGAAAGAAUCGAAGCUUCGGACGAUUUUGUGAAAGGAGUUGAAGCGAUGGAUAUUCAGAGAAUGAUGGUUGAGUCGUUAAAAGAGGAAAUGGCUUUGAAAUCUAGAGAAAGGGAUCUUCAACCAGCAUUUUCUGAAGGAGAUUUGAUGACAAUCUCUGAGAUGAGUCACACCCAAGUACACCAAAUUGUCAGCACAAUGAAAGAAGCGAAAGAAGAGGAAAACUUUUUGGCGAUUGGCUCAAAAGUGGCAGCUGAGAGAGUUGAAAAGAGUGUUUUUGAGAAAGAAAUUCUUAAGGAUACUUUGGACACUUUAGCGAGUACAGUGGAAGAUUCAAUGAAAGAACAAAGUUUGAGAAAUGUUGAAGAAUCGGCUUCUCAUGAAGCCUCUCUUGCACAGAAAGAGGCUGAUGUGGCUGAGCGGAGCUUCAAGGACACCACGAUGGCCACUGAGGUCAUUGAGGCCACUGAGGUCAUUGAGGCCACUGAGGUCAUUGAGGCCACUGAGGUCAUUGAGGCCACUGAGGUCAUUGAGGCCACUGAGGCCAUUGAGGCCACUGAGGCCAUUGAGGCCACUCAAUCAAUGACUCAAAGUGACAAAAUCAAGGAAGCGUUGAGAUCGAUCGCCAUCGGGAAUCUUGAGAAAAGAGAAGAGAACUUUAUUGAAUACACAAGAGAGAAAUCCGAGACAUUGGCCGGUGUUGAUCAGCUCGUGCGACCAGAAGAGCAACACUUUGAUGAGCAACGAAUUCUACCAUUAACUCAAACUAUUGUCGAGAGUUUACGGUGUGAAUCGAUGAAAAUUGAAGAUCAAGUGAUUGAGUCAAGAAUUGGGAAAGCUCAUGAAGAAGCUGGUUUUGAGAAAUCGCACAAAGAGGUGAGCAAAAAAACGGUUGAUGGAAGAAUGAUGGCUUUGAAAUCAGAAGAUAUUCUUGCUGAGGAAAAGCUUGAGAAAUUGGAGAGUCGUGUAGAAGUGGAGCAAAGCUAUUCAAAGAUACAACCACCAAAGGAACAAGAAGAGGAAAUUGGGAAAACGUUUGCUGAUCGAAAUGUAUCAAGACAAAGAUUGGCAACGAGAUCGGCUAGUUUAAUCGAUUCGAUCACUGAGGAAUGCUUUCAACGACGAGAAACUCGAGAAACAUCAAUUGAUUAUCAAUAUCGCGAAAAAUCUCGGCAAACCAUUGCGAAUAACUUUCGAGCAUCGAGAGAAGCCUCGACAAUGUCAUUGGUGAAUCUAGACUUCGAGCAAUCUUUGCAACACACCGAGAACUCGAUGAAACAAUUGAUGAGAUCGAGAUCAAUGAUCACUUUACGCGAAAUCCCGAGCAAAAGUGAAGACUUUAUAGCAGCUUUUGUUACAUCGGAAAAGAUCACUGAAGCAACUGGACUGGAGUUGGUCACUUCAAGAGUAGCGGAAUCAAAACUUCAAAUGAAAGCUUCUGAAAUGAGAAGAAUCGAUUCACAAACAAAUUUGGAAAGAAAACCGCCAAUUUGUGAAAUGGGAAUCACAAGGAGGUUGGCAAGGAAAGAAAGUUUUGAGAAAAAAGUGCUCGCUUCGAGAGAAUCAAGUCUCUCGGCGGUUGUCAGAUUGAACUCUGAAACACUUCAACAGAUGGGCGCACAGAUUGUUCAAAUCCCAUUACAGAGAUCGAAAUCAAUGGCCUCUUUGAGAGAAAUACCACAAGUGAGCGAGAACUAUGCUUGUGCAUUUGUGACAACUGAAGAGAAUGAUGAAGGAGUGAUGGUGAGGAGAAGGGAAAGAUCACUUGUGAGCGAGAGACAUUCACUCAAUACAAGAGCUGCUUCUGUUGAAUCGUCGCUUAUCGAUGUCUACAAGAAUCAAAUUAUUCAAGAGAGUUAUACGAAAAAUUUACCGGAAAAGGAGAAAGAGAAAGCUCAGCGAAAGUUUGAAUUGUUCAACGUCAAGACUGACACUUUUAUAGAAGCUGAUUCAAAAAGAGUUGAUUCAAGAGAAUUGGUGGAAAAUAUUGUAAAUGAAAAAGUUGCCGAUCAAGUGAGUUUCCGGCUAAAAGAGCAACAAAGUGUGGAAGCUGGGCUUUCCGGAUUUUCAAAGAUUUCUCCAAGAAAAUCGGAAGCUCAAGAAGUAGAUGUAACUCUUGAAGAACAAGUGAAACUUGGUGAUAAGCUUCAAACAAAGGCUUCUAUUUCAUCAGUAACUUUGAAAGAUCUCAACAUUGAGAGAGUAGAGAAAAUGGGAGAAGAGGAAAUUGUUGUUCGUCAGAAAUCAGAGCUCACCGAGCAAGCUUUGAAAAAUUUUAGCGAUCAGAAAACGAAAACUGAAGAAAAGUUGAUCGCUCAAGACAAAACUGAGCCAGUUGAUGUGAAUUUGAGAGAAAAGCUCAAAGAUUUUCAAAAUCUUACAUUAAAAGAGAGCCAAGACGAGUCCUCUCAUCUCUUUGUUUCCACAAAUCUUCAAGACAACGAUUCUUCUUUAAAAGUUCGCCUAUCAGAGUUGGAGCAAAUCGAAGCCAAACUCAGCGCUCCAUCCAAUGAAACCGUUGCAGCAAGUGUUGAUUUGAAUGCAGUGAAUAAGCUGAGAGCUGAGAAUGAAAUCCCAUUCAUUCCAUCGGAAGCUGUUGAUUUUAAAUACGGACAUUCGCAAGAAACAACUUUAAUCUCAAUGGAAAGAGAACAUUAUCGAAUGGCUGAAGAAACAAAAGCCGAUUCAUUCUUUGACUCUUCAGAGAUGAGAUUGAAAGAGUUCGGUGAAAAGAAACUUGGCACUUUGGCAAAUCUCGGUUAUCUCGAACCAAAAAAGCCAGAAUCACAAGAAACCGAAAUCGAAUUUCCACAAGAUUUACGUCAAUCGUUAUCACUGCGAAUGUCAGCACCAGUUGAAUCGAAACAAGAAUGCACAUGUAAUCUGGUCAGGGAAAUGGCUCAAAAAGAAGCCGUUCGUCAGCUUAAAGAGAGAAUCGGAGCAAGCACUGAUUUAAAAACCGCAGCUAUCGUUCAAGAAGUGAUCAUGAUGAUGUGUGAGGUGCAUCGAGUGACUGUACGUGAUCUUUUGUUCACCGAGCAAUCAAUUCAAGAGAAAACUCGGGCACAAAGUGAGGGAAGAUUCUCAGAAAUGCGCGAAGAAAAUCUUUACGGUUUUUGGAGCACAAAUCUCAGUGAGCAUGCGGAUAAGUUGUUGAAAUCACCGCUAAGAUCAGCUGACUCGGUUUCCCUGGCUUCUUUAGCGUCAAGUGAAGAGACAUCGAUUGCCGAAGCUGUCUUGAAUCGACGACCAUCAUUGGCUGUUGAUAUUGUGCUUCGUUCAGCUGCUAGAGAAGCUAAUGUCUCGAGUUUAGGCUUUGAAAGAGCCGAAUUCUCGCAAACUUUCAAAUCUGAGCCUUUUGAUGAAGAGGCAACUUUUGAAGAACUGAAAUCAACUGAAAUCCAGAAAUGCACUCUUAAACAACUUGAAACAAUCAAUGAGCUCAAUAAUGAAAAAACGAAUUUAAAAGUUAUUGUAGGAAAACUUGAACAGAAACAACAGAAAGAACAUUCAGCUGAAACUAUCAAAAUCUCAACAAGUAGUCAAACUUUGCAUUGUGAUUUCAAAUGGGCAAUUGAAUUUGAGAAAAUAAGAAUCUUAGAAGAGAAUCGUCUCUUGAAGUUAGCGGUAACCGAUGCAAGUCAGCUAGAAUCUGAGCAGAGAUUUGAAAUGAUUGGUGAGAUGAAAUGUGUAAGGAAAACCCAACUACAACCAAUUCCAGAAGAACCGACAGCACUUGCAACAAUGGCCACCGAUUAUCAACGAUUGACGGUUUCUGAAAAGAGAGAGCUCAGCGAGGAGAGGACUUUCAUUGAGACAAGAUCUUCUCAGACAGAGCUCACCAUUGUUGAAGCAAUUGAAUCGAUUCUGGAAGCAAGUCUGCAAAGAUCACAAGCACAAUCAUAUGCUGAUGUCACGAAAGAUGCUUUGAAUCUGAAGAAUGAAGUCUUCUCUACUCAAGCCACGAUUUUGGAAGAGAUCGCUCUUCAGCUUCAACGAGCAAAGUGUGUUGAAGGAGAGACGAGUCAAUCUGUAAAAGAAAGUGAGCGAGAGAAAGCGACAAAAGCUUAUAAAGAAUUGAUUGAAGAGAUUCAAGGCUUGACAACAGUUUGGGACGUCGUUCAAACAAAUCAAGAAGCAAAAGCGCAAUGGAAAGAGAAAAGAGAUGAGACGAAAAUGUUGAAUGUGCAAGCGCCGAAGCAAGAGUCGAUCAAUUUAAGUCAAGAGUUUGACAAGAUGACACAAGGUGAAGCAAACUAUCAACUAAUGGAGAAAAUUGUGGACUCACAGCGAGCUCAACGCCAAUUCAGCCUCGAUGAGCACACAUUCGACUCGAGAUUCUCGAGAGAAUCCUCGAGAUCGGAAACAACGUUCACAAUCGAUACCCACGUUGAGGGGAGUGUGGAGAGACGUUUGAAAGAGUUAGGUGAUGAAGAGAUUGUGACAAGUGGCCUUUUUGGUCGAAUCUUUAGUCGAGAAGCUGAAUCCGCUGAAUCGAUGUCGACAUUCGAUGACGCGAGAACAUUCCGACAAUUCUUGAGAACCCUCGCUUCACAGAAUAUCUCUUCAUCGAUCAUUCAUGAGCUCGAUCGUUUACCUGAGUGUGAUCAAAGUAUUCACAAUAUACAAGUCAAAAAUAUUCUCCGAAAAGAGGCUCAAUUCUUUGCGAGUCGCGAGACAUCGGUUGAACAAAUGAUUGAAGAUUUCCAGAAAGCUCUCGAACAUCGUGAAGCUUUAAUCGAAUUGCAGCAGAAGAAUAGAGAAAAAGUCGAGAAAACAGCUCUCCCAACAGAAGAGAAUAUGAGUUUCUCGAACUAUGAAACGAUUGUGAAUGAUUUGAAAGAAAGUAAGACAUUCAGAGAGAUGAGUUUAGAAACAAAUCAAGCUUCGAUCAAAGCUCCAAUUCAUUCCGAGAUUGGCGCCUAUAUGUCACUUGAAAAGGCGGCUUAUCGUCAAGCGCAAAUCGAGAAACCGUUGAAAAGAGGUGAAUCGGUGGAUAAACGCUUUGAGAUUGAGAUUAUAAAUGUGGAAAUCUUGGAGAGAAGUCGUGAAUCUCAGCCGAAAGACAUCGAAGCGAGAAUCGAUUUCAGAGGAAAAAGCGAAGAUCGAAAUGUGGCCACAUUCAAUGAAUAUUCUGAAAAAACGAUUGAGAUUUGCAAUUUGUUCGGACGAAUCAUUCAGAAAAGAUUUGAAGCGGAAGAUGUGGAGAAAAAUCGACCGCAAGCAAGGAAAUGGAUAGAAGAGCUGAGGAAAGAAGCUGCGCAAUUCAUCCAAAUCUCAAGCGAUUUCGACCUCAACUCGACGAAAGUCGACGAGUUGACGACGAAAACGCAGAAAGAAUGCGUUAAGCUUGUGUCAAGCUGUCAUUUAAAUGCAAUGAAAGUUGAGAAUGUGAAUUUCUGUCAAGAAUUUCGUAAAGAGUUAUGCGAAUUGUUUGCUGAGAUUACAGUAAAAGAGAGAAUGUUUGAGAGAAACAUUCUCAAGUGUAAGCAAUUGGAUUGGAGUCAGCGAUUGACUGAUUCGACUUGGGAGACAAUUCUUGAUGAAAUCGAGACUGAAUAUCAUCAAAAGCUAGCAAUCACUGAAAGAGAAAGUCUUCAGAUAAAAGUGAGUGAAGAGAUUCGGAAAGAUUUCUCUGUUGAAGAGAUUCGAAAAGAUUUCCCUGUUGAAGAGAUUCUUCGAUCAACCCCUGCUUUCACUACUUCAUCAGUUGACGGGAAAAGUCUUCUCACUACUGAAAGCGAGCCAACGAUUAAGUGUGAGACAUCACUUAGACAUGAGGAUCUCUUCACUGAAGUCGAAUCACUUCUUCAAGAGAAAAGACACGAAGAAUGGAAAGCUGAUUUCCCUGAAUUUCUUGAAGAAGAGAUCAAAGCUGGUGUUCAAUUGGUAAAGAAAUCUUUGCCAAAACCAAAAGAAUUAGUUGAUCAUGUGAUUCAUGUUGAUACCUCGUUUAAACAAGUGAUGAACACAGUGGCUGUUAAAGAGUCACAAGCGUUUGCUCAGCUUGAAAUUCGGGGAAAGCAAAGAGGUGACGAAUCCACAUCAACUAGUAGAAAACAAAAGCUGAAAGAUCAAGUGAUUCUGCAUUCAAAACAGAGCUUUGAUAUCUCAGCUGAGGCAAGUAAAUCAUUGACAAAACAGCAAUCAUUUCAGCAAGAAACAAUUCGUACUUUUAAAGCCGCUUUACGCGAGAAAAGCGUUGAGCAUUUUAAAGAGUUAGACAAUGACGAAUUCGAGAUUUUAUCUGAAUAUAUUGGUGUUUAUCGUGACCUUGACGCUGAGAUCUCCAUCCGUGGACUAGGAAAAUUGAAUUCGUCUUUCGUUUUCUCAACUCCAACAUCGACUGAAGAAGUGAUCACCCUGAACACUUUUAAAGAACGCUUUGUGGCCAGCGCCGAGACAAAGAUCACUCUCAAAUUCACCCCAAAAGACUCCUUUGUUCAAAAGCUUUCUGUUGCUGAUUCUCGAGUGGAGUGUUCGCUUGUUUCCUCUCACAAAUCAUCUCUCGAUUUCAUUUGCACACUUUCUGGCAAAAACUUUGAGUAUUACGUUGGAAAGUUUCACGAGACGAGCGAAACCCAACUUAAGGCUAUUAUAAAUUUACAUCGAGUUGAUAUCGUUCGUCCCUCGCAAAAGAAUGAGGUGAUUCUCGCAGAAAUUCUUUCAAUUUCAGUAGAACCAUUACGCAUCCAAGGAGUCGAUAAAUCUGUCAUUCAUUCGGUUGAGUGGAAGAAAGAGGCGAUGAUGUUGAGGAUUGAUCGAAUGAUUGUGGCAACGAAUCGAGGAGAGUCGAUGAAAAAGAGUUUCAAAGAAGCUGGUGAUGAGAGAACAAAGCUUGCAGUGGAAUUGAUUGGGAAAAAGGGUGGACAAGAGUUUUUGAUCAAAGAAUGGAGGAUUCCAAAUGAAGUUAAAGGGGCGAGUCUCGAGGUUGAGGAGUUUGGUGAUGAAUCGUGUGUACUUUAUGCUCAAAUCAAUGACAAACAUCAAAACUUUGAUGAGACGGAAAUAGAGAAGAAGAUUUCGAGAACACAUGAAGGUGUGAAAUUGAUCACAAGAGCUUCGACUGAAAUAACAGCUAUCAUCAACAAUUCUUUUGAGAUUCCUGAAUUAUUUGAAGAAGCUAAGAAAUUGAUUGUAAUUGGUAACAAAGGUGAAUCUCUUGUCGUUAGAUACAAAGAGUCACAAGAAAAUCACACAGCGAUCGGUCAAAUCUUCAACAUUCAACCAGAAACUCACAUUCAUCAUGUGACAGUCAAUGAUAAGAGAUUCGGUGGACAAUACAAUUUAUCAAAGAAAGCAUCAUCUGAUGUGUAUCGUGAGCUUACACAAGCUUUAGUACGAAGCGGUUUUCUUGAACACAUUCGUCAUCGAUAUGUUCAGAAACAAAAAGCUCAAUUAUCUAUGAGAGUUCUUGAAUCGACAACUGUUCAAUUCGAGACGACAGAACGUUUCCAAAAGAGUGAACAGAAAGCUUCUUUCGACUCUCUUCGUCGAUGUGCUCAGACUUGUUCUCCAGCUUUCAUCAAUUUGCGCGAACUCUCCGAAACUCAAACCACAACUUUCUGCUCUUUCCAGAAACCUCAAUCUAUUGAUUAUCUCUCAAAAAUUUAUGCAAUUCCUCGAAUCGAAAGACAACUUUUAAAUUGUGAUGCUGCCGAGGAAAACGAGAUAAAAUCUUCUCCCGAACUCUCUAAACCGUUCGAAUUUAAAACGGUCGACGUUCUCGUUGUCGAUUUCAAUCAUACCCCUCCACUAUCCCUUUCCACUAAACAAGCGACAAUUGAGAUCAAAACAAUUCCCACGAAUUUCUUGCGCGAACCCGCACCUGCACAAAGCGCACAACUAACAAUCACAAUUGCAAAUCAAUGUUCACCCAUAAAAAUUCAUGUUAAAGAAAGUCGCGAAGAGAAGCAAACGACUUGCGCGCAAUUCUCUGUGCCAUCGCUUACCUCUCAAAUAGAAAUCACUCGUAAAAUCGCGAUCUUUGGUGGAAAUUAUCGAAAAAGAUUCGAUGCAUGUGAAGAGCAUGAAAUCAGUGUGAAUCGAGAACUAAUCACCGCAAAACCUUUGACGAUUCAUUGUUCACAAGCGGCGAUUCGUCUCACCAAGGAUAAAGCCAUUUUCUUUGCUAAAGCUUCAACCAAUAUCAGAAUUAACAUUUUUGAAGAUUAUGUGAAAGUGUGCAGUAAAGAAGCAAUCGAAAGACUCUUUAAUGCGCCUAAUCUGAGUGUUAUCGAGCGACGAUUGGUUGAAGCUGUGGACACACUAGAAAUUCUAAAUCCAAUCUAUGUAAAAGAAGAACAACAUCACUAUUUAGACAAGGUUUUGCGAGAAGCGAGAGACGGAGGACGACAAGACUUUAAUGUGAAAGCGACACAAGAGAAAGCGAUCGAGACAACGAUUGAGUUGAGCAAUCAACGAUUGGCAAGAGGAGAGAUCGAGAUCAAAACCAUUGUGCCAAACACAGCGAAAUCAUUGGCCUAUCAUGCAAGUGCUUCGGGCAACGCGAUCUCUGUAAUCUAUCAACAAUUGUCGAAAUCAUCGGAAAGAGAAACCAUUCGCGAAGUGAUUCACGCGAAAAACAAAGGACAAUCGAUUGCUUUCAAGGUGAAAGAGAGCAAAUCCGAGCAACAGACAACGAAUGUUCAUUUAAGUAAAAGAGAAUCAUUUUUGAGCCAAGAAAAGUUGAUCAUUGAGGCUAGAUUUGGUGGAUCGUUUAAAUUGACCUCAAUUGCUACUUCGUUCAAAGAAAUCACCGUCAAUGUGGACACACAAAAACAGAAACCAACCUCAUUGUUAGCUGAGAAUUUGAAGAUUAUUGGAAACAAAGCAGCUCCGAUUGAUUUCCGAACAAUUGCCACUUCCAAUAAGAUUUGUGAAAUCUAUACAGUGUUAAAUAAAGCAAAUCAAUCUUAUGAGGAAAAUAUAAAGAUCUCCGCGCCAAACAAAGGUCAAAUCACUGUUUUCACGGCCAGAGAAACUUCACAAAUUCAUGAAUCAACAAAUUGGGCUUAUCAAAAAGAUCCACAAUCAGACACAUUAUUAAAAACGAUUGUAGAACGCCGUUUUGGCGGCGCUUUAUCAUUGUCGACUUCUUCUAGCAAAGAAUCUCUUUCUUCUCUAUCCGGUCAAUUGACUUCCACUCGAUUGGCUGCAAUUGACGUACAAAAGCUUAUCAUUUGUCCAAAUCUUGCUACUCCACUUGUUCUAUUUGCUCAUUCAAGCACACAGAAGACAAUUGACAUUGGGUAUGUUUGGGAGAAGCCAGCUUCUAUUGAAGAGACACGCAUCUCCGUUCGCGAUCACAACAAAGCUCAACCCGUCAAAUUUCGUGCCAUUGAAGCCGGCGAAGUUCAAGAGAAUCUCACCGUUCAGCUCAAUCGUUCAGCAUCAACCAAUGUUGCAGAGAAAACAACUCAAAUUCCGAAUCAAAGCGCUCAGAUUGCUCCUCUUAAAAAGUACGCAGCCGGUGAUCGGCAUGUGCAAAUCGCACCGCACCUCGAAAACCCAAAACCGAUUUUAUUGAGCACUGCGGUGACGCUCACCGCGCGCAACACGGCACAAUCACAGCAAUUGCACUGCGCGUGCGCACUUUAUGCAACCACAUCGACUUCGGUUGAUCUUUGCCGCACUCAAUACCACGAGAAAGUGGACAGCUUACGGCUGACCGCACACACGCAUCCACCAGUCAAAAGGGAUUUCAAUGAAUCCACCUCUUUUCACGUUUUGGCUAAUUUCAUGUAUGCACGAGAAGAGAAAAAAGAGAUUUUUGCAGAAACGAGACGAGAAGCGAAUUAUGGAGGGAAUUUUGUGCUGCGGACGAAUGCAUCAAAGUCGUCCGAUGUCGUCGUCGAGGCAACGAUUGCUAAGGAAAAAGUGUUAGAGAUGAAUGCGGAGAUUAAGAAAAUCAUUGCGAACAAAGCGAAUCCGUUGGAGAAAUUUGCUUCCGCUACACAAGAAACAAUCACCGGCGCCACUUGUCAAUUCCAAAAAACAAAUGCUCACGAGACAACAGUCGAAAAGAUUAUCGCUAAACGGAUUGGAGAACCGAUUUCGAGAGCGGUCAAAGAAUCGACUUCGCUGGAAAUUGUGAACAAUAUUCAGUGGAAACGAGAAGACGAGCAUAAAGAAAUCGAUUUGACAGUGAAAAUCCCGCAAAAUGGGGGACAAUUGAAAUUGGAAACGAGGAAAGCCGAGGAAAAAUCGGUGGACAUUCACCCAAUUUAUGAGAGAAAAUCGUCGAUUCAAGAAACUAUGACAGUAAAGACAACAUCGAACAAAGCUCAACCGGUUUCUUUCUCCUCCGGUGCAUCUUCUGAACGCUCAAGUUCCACCGAUCACAAUGUCGUCAAUCCAAAACCCUCAACAGCAUCUGCAUCGAUUGUUAUCGUUGACAAGAAUCGCGCACAACCCGUUACGAUGAGAGUCAGUGAGUCGAAAGAAGCGGAUGUGUCGAUGAACUUUGCUCUAGUCAAGGAAGGAGUUAGAGAUCUUCAGGCAGAGAUUACAAAGGAUGAGCCAAGAUUUGGAGGAUCGUUGACAAUCGGAUGUAAAGCGGCAAAAGAAGAGAAACCAGAUACGGUGAGUCGAACAUUCACAAAAGAGGAAGGCAAAGAGAAUUCGGAGAAGAUUCUAAAAACAUCGAGAGAUGAGAAGAUCUUCUUUGGAAGUAAAGCCACACAAGAAUUGAAUGUAUCGAUUGAGAUUUCGAUUGAGAGUGCGAGAGCGGCAAAGCUCGAAAACAGCAAUCAGAUAUCGGAAACGGUGCGAACGAUCGGAAAUCUAGAAAAAGCGGCUCAUGGAUCAAGACAAGCUGAAGAAAAAGAGAUCACAAUACAUCAUGAAUUGAGAAAUAAAAAGCUUGAUGAUAAAAGAUUCAGCGAAGAAGAAGCUGAUCGAAUGAUUCCGAUUCAAAACAAAGAACAAGAGAGUUUCGGCUGUCGAUCCACUGAAGAACAUCAUUAUUCAAUUAAUUGCGAUUUCAGCCAACAAACUACAAGCUACAAUGUGACAAUCUCUUCAGAAAUCCCGAGCAUUGGAGAAGCGAUUGGGGUGAAAUGUGAAGCUGCACAGGAAACCGAGUUCACAUUGGAUCUCGACAUUCGCAAGGGUGGAGCUGCUGAUUGGCCGUCGGAAGGAUUACGGCCAUUGAGUGAAGAAGAAGAAGCUGAAUUGAGAGCAAGGAGGAGUCAAGAAGAGAUGUUCAAUUUGAAUUUAGACAUCAAUCAGCAGACGACUGAGUUGAUCGCGUCGAGAUUGGAGCACGUUGCCGGCACACAUGAGCCAGCCGGUUUCGGCGCUCGACGCUCGCAAGAAGUACACUUCCAUAUGAAUAUGGAGUUGACAAAUCAAGGGACACAAUUCCGAUCAAAGGGCGAAUUCGCGGAAUGGUGUGUGGCGGAGACGGAAAAGAUGGAGUUGAGCACGAAAGGAGUGGAUAAAGAUGAGAUUCGGAGAAGGGAAGAAGCGAGGGAAAUGGAGAGAUUGAGACAUGAAGAGUCGAUACAAGAAAGGGAGAGAUCCGUCUUGGAGGAGAUCGCGGCAUUGGAACGUGCUGGAGAGACGGUAAUCCUUCUCGAUUCAACGGUGAUAUGUGACCAAACAUUGCACGAUCAACACAUCGAAGUCUCACAGAAAGAUUCGUUGAGCGUUCAACCCGUGGUGAGGCGAGUUUCCUUUGCCGAAGAUGUGACUGAAAAGACAAUGGAAGCAAUCGAUCACUCUUUGGAAAUGAAAUUGGGAAUUGAGGUUGAACCAAAGUUUGAAAAGCCAUCGAUCAUCAAGAAACCGAUGAAGAAAGAGAGCGGACACCAAAGAGAACUCCGACGAAAUGAGGCUCCGUCUUUUGCCCCAGUGCGUCGAAACAGUCUUCUACAAGCGUUAGCUGUCGGCUCACCACACAAUAUUCCCCAUUUCAAAACCCUUGAAGAUAUCAUUCGAGGAAUUCAAAAGGCUGGCCUCGAGUACUCGAAUCUCAUCUUCGGAAUCGAUUACACAAAAUCUAACUACUAUCAAGGUGAGCGCACGUUCGACGGGAAAAACCUGCACAAUUUGGACGAAAGCGAAAUGAAUCCCUAUCAACAAGUGAUCGAGAUUGUCGGCAAAACCCUUUCAUCUUUCGACGCUGACGGUCAGAUCCCGGCCUAUGGAUUUGGUGACGAAGAGUUCACGGAUAAAGGAAUCUUCAACCUACGCGAUCGCUACAAUCUGGACACUGAUUGCAAUGGAUUUGAGGAAGUGCUUCAAGUGUACAAUCAAAUCACGCCAGCGGUGAAAAUGUGUGGACCGACGAAUUUCGUGCCACUUAUCGACAAGGCAAUUCAAAUCGUUCGCGAGAAGCACUCCUAUCACAUUCUUGUCAUUGUAGCUGAUGGACAGGUAACAAACGAGAAAAUCAACCAAAAAGCCAUCGCCGCAGCCAGUCAUUAUCCACUAUCAAUUAUUAUGGUCGGAGUCGGCGAUGGACCGUGGAAUAUGAUGACGAGAUUCGAUGAGACUCUCCCAAAACGUCUCUUCGAUAAUUUCCAUUUCGUCGAUUUCCACAAGGUGAUGUUCAACGCGCCGAAUGCGGAAGCGUCGUUUGCCCUGAACGCUUUAAUGGAGAUUCCCGAUCAGUACAAAGCGAUCAAAGAGCUCGGUCUUUUAAAGCACUCGAGGAGGGGU